AUGCCACUCGGUGCGCACAUAGGUUCCAUUCCGUUCGAGGUCAAAGGGCCCUGCGCCUCUCUCUAUCCUUCUCUCUUCCUCCUUCUCCUCUGUCUCUCUCCCUUUUUUUCUCUCUCACUCCCACUCUUUCUUUAUCUCUCUCUCUCUCUCUGUCUCCUUGUUUCCCUUCGGAUGGGCGUGCCAUGCCAACUUGCACGGGCAGCGUUGCUGCCCGCUCUGGCAGUCGGGCAGUUGCCCUUGGUGUACAGGACGGGCUUCGGCACCGGCCCCGAAAGGCAGUGUCCGAUACCCAGGCGCGCGAACGAGACGGCGUUGGCCCAGAGCCAGCCCGGGAUCCUGGGCUACCUCGACUCGUGCAGCGAGUAUGGCUUGCAGCCGUCCCCAGACGUCCUCAAUCAGCUGGACGUCGGGCUCAGCAACGUCUCGAUACGCUCGUCCUUCGGAAACCUGGACCUGCGAGCGCUGGUCCUCCUGCUGCUCGACGAGGGCGGCCGCUACCUGUCGCGCCUUCGGUCGCUCGACCUGUCCCGCGCACGCCUGGACGCCUCCAGCAUGCUGCUCGUCGCGCAGCUGCUGCUGCACCCCAGCUGCGCGCUGGAGGCGCUGGACCUGUCGCACCAGGAGGUCGGCCUCGAGGGCGCGUGCGCGGUGGGCUCCGCGAUCCGCGCGUCGGGGACCCUGCGCGAGCUCCGGCUGCACGGCUGCGACCUCUUCGACGAGGGCGGCCAGGUAGUGCUCGACCUCCUCAGGAACUCGAGCCUGAAGACCGUGGACCUGCAGAACAACAUCAUAGAAUUUGUGACGUGCCAGGGCAUCUUUGAGGUCGCCGACGAGAAGACGAUAGAAGUCAACCUGGAUGGCAAUCGCGUCUUGGACGAGGUGUUCAACGCAGUCACUCAUGGGUGUGGUGUGUGCUUGGGUAUAACAGGCAUGGUGCUGCUCCUCUUGAAGGUCAGGAGCAAGCCUGAUUAUUACAAGUGUUCUGUUACGAUUUAUUGUGUAUCGGCAACUCUGUUGUAUUUGUUUUCGACCCUGUACCACUCGUUCUUUGCCUUGGGGCGAACCACAGUCGAGGUGUUUCGCACCCUGGACUAUUGCGGGAUAUUCUUAUUGAUUUCUGGAUCAUACACUCCUUUCUUCGUCAUUCUUUUCCACGGGGAGUGGUGGGCCAAGGCGCUCAUCCGAGGAAUGUGGAUCUCUUCGUUUCUGGGGAUCGCCGUGGCUGCCUUCUACCGCGGACCUGGUGAAACGGCGUUGCGGCUGACCUUCUUCCUGGUGAUGGGAUGGACGUGCGUUGCUGUCAUAAAGGAGAUCCUCAGGGAGCUCGGCCGUGAGGGGGCCCUCCUGCUAGUGGGCGGCGGGGUUCUCUACAGCGCAGGCGUGCCCUUCUUCGUGCGGAACGGGCACGUGUGGGAGAUCCCGGACCAUUCCAUCUGGCACUUGUUUGUGCUCGCUGCCAGCACCUGCCACUUCUUUGCGAUCUAUUGGUACGUGGCCGACCGUCCAGUCAAGAGGAUCCCCGAGAAUAGAUUGGACGAGGCGUUCGUGACAGCUGGCUCGGAUUCCUCGGGCGAGGAGAGCAUUGCAAAGGCAACCGCGAGUCCGUGA